AUGGAAUCUAACGGGACGAGCACGACUGAAGCCACCGGCGGCAGCGACGUCCACCCUCACUGGCGGACGGCGGCCUUCGUGGUGCAGCUGAUCACUUGCGUCUUUGGUGUUGUUGGGAGCUGCCUGAGUAUCUAUUGCGUGAGACUCUCCAAGAAAAUGCACAAGGGAAUGGCUCUUCAGUUCUACCUGUUGUUCAUAACGUUCUUCAUCAUCUGCCUGAUUAUCCUCCUGGCCUCUAUGGUGGACGAAUACUACACGUUGAUUGGCUGGCAAGAGAAGCAUUCGGUUGUUGACGACUUUCUACACAUCCUCGUGUGCUUUGAGCACAUCGUCUUCGGUCUCAUUGUUGUUUACAGGUUGAUGGCUGUCAGUUUCCCAGUGCCGUUCAAGAUUCUGUCCCGUCCCGGUGUGGUCCUCACCGUGGAACUGGUCCUGUUUCUGGGAUUCCUCGCUUUGUUCCUUACUGAGGAACACGACCUUACUAACGUGAAGAAUCCCAGUGAGAAGAGCAGAAAGAUUACAGUGUACUUUUCCAUUCCCUUUGCUGUCAUAAACUUCAUUUAUUUCAUAAUGCUUGUGGUCCGCACCCUCAAGAGGCGGGCAGCGUUCGAGGGCGAGGGGCCAGCCAGCCUCGACAGCGUCAGCUUCGCCGUGGGCAUCACCAUCCUCGUCAACACCCCCCUGGACGCCCUUCACAUCCUCGCCCACUUCAUGUCGACGGACUUCGUGAUCGUGCACGUGCUCUACAGGCUGCACUUCGCCCUCGUCCCGCUCUGCUUCGUGGUCUUCAACAGGCUUUACCGGAAGGAGAUUAAGACGAGGGGCCUUGCCUGGCUGCAGGAACAGGCUUCUCGGCUCCCGACCUUCGUCUCCAACGCCGGGCGCUCCUCGACCUAGGGUGCAGUGGGCCUUCCGGUUUGCCAACACACACACGCGAGCGCAAGCACACACACACACACACAUACACACACACACACACACACACACACACACACACACACGCGCACACACACACACACACACACACACACACACACACACACACACACACACACACACACACACACACACACAUACACACACACACACACACAUACACAGAUACACACACAUACACACAUACGCAUAUACACACACAUACAUACACACACAUACGCACAUACACAACAAAUCAAAUGCAUUUUUAGAUGGUUAUGACUAGGGGCAUGAAAAAAAAACACGAUGAAACCUAACAUUCACUGUUUUUUUUUACCUUAUCAUAAAAGGCAAUUUAUUCAAGGAGGUAUUUAGCCAUUUCAAGCAUUUCAAAUAAUUAAAACAUAACCUUUGUCAUUAUGUACCCUAGAGUUCGCAUUGAGUACUUCGAAUAUUACUGCCCUCCUGCCCUGCAUUCAUUUGACGCUAUCC